UCAUGGGGCCCACAGGCAAUAGGGGAUCAUGGGGCCCCUGUGUCCUUGCUGAAACUCAAAAAAGCCUAUGAAAAAGGUACCAGGGGCAUCUCAUGGGGCCCCCUACUGACCCUGGGCCCUCGGGAAGUGCUCGAGUUUCCAAAUGGUCAGUCCGCCCCUGGUCCUGAUCAUUGAUCACACAAAUAGUAGUAAGCAAAAUCUCACUUCUGACAUCAUUGCUUACUACUAGUAAAAUCUGUGAAUGAUCACAGAGGUCACAUGGUACAAGGCUAUUCACAAUAGCCUUGUACCAUGUGACAAACUGUGACCAAUCACAGCUCACACAGUAUUUCCC